AACACCCCUCCAACCUUUGAUUUGAUAUUUCCUAAAAAUAGUGUAAGAAUUAACAAAAACAGAGACUCUGCUCAUCCCUCCACCCCACAAUCCUCCGACAGUAUUGCAAUCCCAAAUUGAAAUGAGUUUAAUGUAAACAUGAAUUUCGACAAGAACCAGAAACGGAAGAGACAAAUCGGCAAAAUGCUUACAGCUUUUUGCAAAAGCAACCAUUGAAACCCCAAUUUUCUCUCCCAUUCUUCCACAGCAGAAUCCUCCUCAUAUUUUAUCAUCCUCCUCACCAGGAGGGGCAGUUGGAGAUAAUGGAAAACACGUCUCCACGCCGGUUCACAUCCGGUCUCCGCCCUUAUCUGCCGCCGCCCUCCGGCAUGGCGAUCCUCCUGGUUCUUUUCUGCAUCAUUUUCUCCGACGCCCCGACCGCAGUACACGCUGCGAGAACCGCUGCGCCAGCGAAAUCCGAUGCUUUUACCCCGCCGGACAAUUUUCUCCUCGACUGUGGGAACUCAUCCUCCACCACCCUCCCCGGGAAUCGUGUUUUCAUUGGUGAUCAAGAGAGUAGCAAGUAUUUGUCCUACGAAGGCCGCGAUAUCCAAGUCGGCAUCGGGCCGGAGCAUUCGGAGCUCCAACUCCCCUCGCCGCUCUAUCUAUCGGCCAAAGUCUUCGAAAGCAACGCCACUUACACCUUUCACGUGGCUCGACCCGGAUGGCAUUGGAUCCGGCUCCACUUCGCCCCGAUUCCGAACAACCAGAAGGAUCUCAAAACUGCUAAAUUCAAGGUGAGCACCAGCAACAACCUCAUGCUGGUCUACAAUUUCAAAUACAAGGAGAACAUGACGUGGUCGUUCAGAGAGUACCUCGUUAAUGUCACAACCGAACGUUAUUCUCUAACCUUCGAGCCGAAUCUGGGCAACGUGGCUUACAUCAGCGGCAUUGAGUUUGUUUCGGCACCUGAUAUUCUGCUCGGCAAUGUGGCCACCGCUGUUUUCCCCAAGGCCGAGUACUCGGGGCUGACGAAUGUCGCGUAUGAGACUGUGUAUCGGCUGAAUGCCGGCGACCCGAAAUCUACGGGCAGCGAAGCCUCCGUCGAGCCGAAUGUGAUCACCUAUCCUGAGGGCGAGUCACCGCUGAUUGCACCGCCGGUAGUUUACGCCACGGCCACCCAGAUGGCCAACGCCAAUGUUCAGGUGCCCAGUUUCAACAUCACUUGGAAACUGAAUAUUGAUACUUCAUUCCAAUACCUGGUUCGUUUGCACUUUGCUGAUAUAGUGAGCAAGUCUGCUAAUGAUCUCUAUUUCAACGUGUACAUCAACGGAAAAUCAGCAAUUACGGGCCUGGAUUUAACCACAGUUGCUGGCGGCUUAACAUCUGCUUACUUUGCUGAUUUUGUGGUGAAUUCAACUAUGGUUUCGACCUUGGACCCAUUGACAGUUCAAGUCGGGCCGAUGAACGAAAAUGUUGGAACCAAGAAUGCACUUCUCAAUGGCCUUGAGGUGUUCAAAAUGAAUAGCUCUGUCGGCAGCCUUGAUGGUGAGUUUGGCGUUGAUGGUGCAAAUGGCAGUAAUGAUGUCAAUGGCACGGUUGCAGCUGUUGGAUUCGCGAUGAUGUUUGGAGCGUUUAUCGGGUUGGGUGCGAUGGCUGUGAAGUGGAAGAAGAGGCCUCAAGAUUGGCAGAAACGUAAUAGUUUCUCUUCAUGGUUGCUUCCUAUUCAUGCUGGAGACUCGAGCUUUAUGUCGUCUAGCAAUUUAGGCUCUCGAAAGAGCCAAUUCUUCUCACAAACCUUGGGACUAGGCCGAUAUUUCUCGUUUGCUGAACUGCAAGAAGCAACAAAUAACUGGGAUCCAAACGCCAUCAUAGGUGUUGGCGGCUUCGGCAACGUUUACCUCGGCCACAUUGAUGAUGGAGUUAAAGUAGCCGUAAAACGAGGCAACCCUCAAUCUGAGCAAGGGAUCAAUGAGUUUCAAACAGAGAUUCAAAUGCUCUCCAAGCUCAGACAUCGUCAUUUAGUGUCUUUAAUUGGAUAUUGUGAUGAAAAUGCUGAAAUGAUCCUCGUCUAUGAGUUCAUGGCAAACGGGCCUCUCCGAGACCACCUUUAUGGAAAGAACAUGCCUUCUCUUUCUUGGAAAAAGAGGCUUGAAAUCUGCAUCGGUGCAGCUCGAGGUUUGCACUACCUACACACAGGGGCAGCUCAGGGGAUCAUUCACCGUGACGUUAAAACAACAAACAUCUUGCUUGAUGAGAACUUCAUUGCCAAAAUGGCUGAUUUUGGGUUGUCGAAAGAUGCCCCAACAACCGAGCAAACACACGUGAGCACAGCCGUGAAGGGGAGUUUCGGGUACUUGGACCCAGAAUACUUCCGCAAGCAGCAGCUUACAGAUAAAUCCGACGUCUACUCAUUUGGUGUUGUCCUGUUGGAGGCUUUGUGCGCUCGCCCAGCCAUCAACCCUGCUUUGCCUAGGGAGCAAGUGAACUUGGCAGAAUGGGCAAUGCAGUGGAAGAGAAAGGGACUGCUAGAUAAGAUCAUUGAUCCCACGCUCGCCGACCACAUCAACCCCGAAUCGAUGAAGAAAUUCGCUGAGGCUGCAGAGAAAUGCUUGGCUGAGUACGGUGUCGACAGGCCAACGAUGGGUGACGUGCUGUGGAAUUUGGAGUAUGCUCUGCAAUUACAAGAAGCAUCAUCUCCUGCAUCGCCUGCCGUUGUUGUUCCGGUGGCUACUGCUUCUCCUGCAGCUGACAACAAACCGACAACGUCGGCACCCGAGGGUGCUGCGGUAAUCCCUACUCAACCUCAUGCCGUUGAUGAGCACUCAGGAACAGCUAUGUUUGCACAGUUUGCUGCUCUCAAUGGCCGGUAAAUUUGAGCGUCUGAUUGAUGGAUUCGAUUAUAUACGCAGAUAUAACCAAGCAAGUCGUUAGGUGACCAAUGUAUGUACACUGCACGAGGCAAUCAUAAUCUCCCAGUUAUUCACUAUUAAGAUUCACUUUUCUUUAUAUAUAUAUCGACCAAGUUCUGUAAUAUCAUCAUUAUAUAUAUAUCUAUAUAUUGUAACUACGUAAUAUAAACUCA